GUUGUCUUCGUUUCUGAUUGGUCGAUUCGGAAGACGGGAGUUGAGGAAACAAAAAUGGAGGCUGCUCCUGUGUUUGUGCUUCUCUGUUAGAGGCGACCUUGUCACGCCUAUUGAGAAACCAUGUUCUCGGUAACGCUGACCGUUUCCUUUGGAACCAGUGAUGUCGUUUCUCUAAAUUUGCCAAACCCGACCGAAAGUUCUUCGCUUCUCAUCGGUGCCAAAUACAUGAGUGUUGCUUUUAACAAAACCUUUCUUCUCUCACUUUGAGCAUUCCCCCCUAAAAAAAAAAACCUUUGUAAUAAUUAUAAAACUUUACAUUAUUGUAUUUAUUAUUAUUAUUAUUAUUUUCUGAUCUAAUCUAAUGUAAUGAUAAUAUAGUAAUAUAUCUCUGUCGUUUUGUGUUUAAAUAUUUCCAUUUGUGGGAAGUUUGGUCAGAACAAAAUAUAUUUUAAUACAUGGGGAAUACAAAAAAGAAGGCGACAGCACAUUAUUAAUAUAUAAAGAGAAAGGGACAAAAAGACCCACAUCAUUCAAACUUUACCCUUUUAAUUUUGUCUAUCCACAUCACACACUACUUAUAUAAGAAACACACCAACACUUCGUGGGUACAGCGAUAUAAAUACGACAUACAUAUAUCCAUAAAAUGAAUAAUUAUAUAUAUAUAUAUAUAUAUGAUAGGUGAAAACAUUUAAAGUUUAUUAUAACAUUGGAGAGGGGAAAAAAUUUUCACUACUAACACCUCACACACACCAACACAUAUACCACUUUUACAUUCACAAAUUCGACUCUACCCUUUGAUUUUUUUUCAUUAUUACUAUUAUUUAAACCUUUAUUACUCUCCAUUUAUUCUAUUUUUCUCUCAUUCUCUCAAAGAAUGAACAGGGAAGAAAUAAAGAAUUGGAAUAAUGAGGUGAAGAAAACUACUAGCAAGAGACAUCACUAACCACACACAAAAAUACUAUUACAACUAAUUUUUACCGCUUUCACAGAAUAUCUCCGUCCACAUUCGGAUUCUUAUUUCCCUUCCUGUUUCCUCCUUUAUUUUUUUCUUUUUUUCCUAAGUCCAUCUUACAUCAUAUUUUUAUUAUGCCAUACCCCCUUUAAAUUCUUAUUGUAGCCUUUAUUAUUAUUAUUUUUUCUUUUUAUACCUGAAUCUAGUCUCCUCUCCUGCUUUUUCUUCCACACGAAUCUUCCUUCCCUCUGUCAAUCAGCUCUUUAAAAACCUUGCUACACUCUACUGUGUACCCUCUUCAAUUCACACACACACAUAUAUAUAUAUAUAUUUCUAUAAGUAAUGUCUUGUGCUAAUUUCCCCCCCCCCCGUAUUUAUAUGGCUUCGCAGUGUAUUUGUAUUAAUGUAGAUAUUUAGGUAUUUCAAUUCCUGUUUUAUUUAAUGUGUAUCUUUAGGCAUUUUCAAUCCUUGUUUUAAUUUAACAACGGAAAAAAGAAGAGUCGAGGAACAAAAACACAAAAAUAAUUAACACUCCCUUCCGGAAAUAGUUUGUUAAAACAAAACGGACACACACACACACACACAUAUAUAUACAUAUAUAUAUAUAUAUAUAUUAGACUUAUAAAUAGUAUUGGUGCAUAUGCAUAAAUAGAUGCAUGUUUAUUAUUAUAUAUACCCGCGUGUAUAAUAAUUAUAUGCAUGCGUUUAUUUGUUCGCAGUGUUAGUGGUGGAGGUGAGUUUUGCCCCCGUCCCUAGUUCGUAUCCGCUGUUUGAAACGAGAUACAAAUGGCUUCUCCCCUCGGCAGCCAGUUCGCCGGCAACACGGUAUCGUCUCUCACUUCUUCCGUCUCUCUCACAUCUUCUUCCCUGGGUCCGACCGGGCAAGAGGUACUAAACAACAACAAUAGCAGCAGCAGCAAUUCUACAACAACAACAAUGAUCACCAACCGCGAGGAAGAACAACAGCAAUCUCACAACAAAUGUACAGACAUCACGUCCUCGGGACAUCAGCAACCGGGCAUGGGUACCGAACCUGAUUCCACUGCUGUGUCUGAGGACGACCAACCCAUCGUAGACAUUAUCAUCAACAACGUGGUCUGCAGUUUCAAUACCCGAUGUCACUUAAACCUCAAGAAGAUUGCCAUGGAGGGAUUGCACGUGGAGUAUAGGAGAGAGAAUGGCAUGUUGAAUAUGAAGCUGAGAAGGCCAAAUACAACUGCGAGUAUUUGGUCGUCGGGUAAAGUCACCUGUACAGGUGCAACCAGUGAGGACGAAGCAAAAUUAGCUGCAAGGCGCUUUGCUCGCAGACUACAGAGGUUGGGUUUUAAUGUACGUUUUAUCAAUUUCCGGAUUGUCAAUGUUUUGGGGACCUGUUCAUUACCAUUCGGCAUCAAGAUUAACCUUUUCUCCAAACAAUACCCACAGCAGGCCAGCUAUGAACCAGAACUCCAUCCAGGUGUCACCUUCAAGAUCAAAAAUAUCAAGGCCACACUAAAGGUUUUUUCUACAGGCAGUAUCACCAUCACAGCUCCAUGUGUUGCAAAUGUCCAAGAAGCUAUUGUGCAGGUCUAUCCGUUGGUGGCCGAAUUUAAGAUGGAGAAGCGAUUGCCAAACACAUCGUCCAUAAAAUACUCGGAUAAGUUUUCUGGCAUGUAUCCAGUGGGGAGGGUGUCGUCUCCUCUUCAUGGCUUGCAGGCUGCAGGACUGAGUUCUUCAGAGGAGGAAUUUGAGAGCGAUAUCAGCCAAGACUGAAUCCAUCAACCAAAAGCCAAAGACAGGCAAAAAGACAAAAAAAAAAAAAAAUUAUAACAAAUCCCUUUCAAAAAGAAAAUGCCCUUACCAAAAAAAAAAAAAAACAAAUGACAAAAACAAAAUUUAUGAAUUACCAUAACAAAAUAUGAAAAAUAGAAAAGAUAAAAACUAACAAAACAAAACAACACAAAAACAGUUCUGUUGGAGUUUUGAUGUCAAGUAUGAACUGGAGAUUGUUGAGUUGAACUUGACAGAUGUAGUAGAAAAAAUGCCUCCACACCUUCCAUAAUUUCCCAACCAACAUUGCAGUACUCAGUACUGGGUACCUCCUUGGCAUAGUGGAGGAGGAGGAGGUAGUAUUGUGAUGAUAAUGUUGUGAUGAAGAUGAUGAUGAUGAUGGCAGUAGUGUUGUAGUGGUGGUUUUUCCAUUUGGUUGGACAAACGUUCAACUCGGUUUAAAUUUUCAAGCGACUGUAGUAGUGUAGAAAACUGGUUUAAUUUUAGUUCUAAGGUGACCUAGUACCCACCUGGCAAUGGACAACAACAACAAUAAUAAUAAUAAUAAAGAGAAAAAAUUUCAAAAGAAACUUAGAAAACAAAAAACACACUUUUUAAAGUUUGUUUUCUGUCCAUUGACCAUCGAUUCUGACCCACAAACCAGAGCCAGGUUAAGGUUUUGUAGACCCUAGGGCUCACCACUAUUUCAAGGAAUAUUUUCAAUACUUUUUCAUGUAAAUUUAUGGAGGCCCCUAAAGCCAUGCCGUAAUCCAGUACUGAUUCCUUCCAUCAUCAUCAUGUUGUUGUUGUUGUUGCUGUUGUAACACCUUUUCAUUGUGAUCGUUGUUGUGGUGUUGUUUCGUUAGGACUUUGUUUGGCCAUUCGGACUGAGCUGUCAUCACCAAGAAAGGGUCGAUGAGGUGGGUGGGGGGUGGGGGCAAGAGUUACAGUGUUAGCCUACGAUGGGCGAGGGGACUCCUCCUCCUUUUGUCAGUAAUACCACCCCCCCACCAACCAUUGUGCCCCGCCACCCACCCCCGCCUUUGUAAAUAAUUUUUUCAGUAAGUUCUUUGUCUCCCAAUUACUCUCAUGUGAUUGAUUUUUCACUGCAACAGUUAAUAUGGAAGGGACAGUGGGGUUUGAAACCUUAGUGAGGUGUGAAACUGGAAUUCAACAAUAUGAAGUGUAAACUGCAGACUGGCAAUAAUAAUAAUAAUAAUAAUAAUCUUUGUCUAAGGCUGUCCACACCCACAUCACGACCAGAACACUGGGGUGCAAUAUGGAAAGUAGUGCAGACUGGUCAAAAGCUAACCUGAUCCCUUUCUCUUUGCGUUAGAUUGACCCAUGCCCCCAUUACAAACCAAACUACAUUUAAACCACACCAGACUUUAACCCUAAUGCUAACGGUCAAACCACACACACAUCAUUAACUAAACCAAACUCUCAACAAACUACACCCCAAAUCAUAUGUGUCACUAAUGAGACCACACCCUCAACAAACAGGUCACACACUCAAAGCUACAUGUGCAUUACUAACCAAGCCAUACCUACAACAAACACAGUGUGCCCUAAACCACAUGCACAUCACCAAAUCACAUGCACGUCAUCAGUGAAGCCACACCCCACAAACAAACUGGCCACGCCUUCAAACACCAACUUUUUAUUUAUUUAAAAAAUAAACAAUUUCUUGAGAUUUUUUUGUAUGUUCACUUCCACACAUUGAAUGGUGAUGAUUGAUGUUGGGCGCACGGGAGGAAAUGGAGUGUUAGGCAGGGUUUGGAAUGCAGAUAUCCAGGUAGGUGUGUGUAUGUAUGUGUGUGUGUGUUGUGCGUUUGUGUGUGUGUGUAGAAGGAAUCAGUGGAAGAAAAAUAAAAGUA